AUGCUUCAUCCGCAUGUCCCAAUAUCAAGCUUAGGAGCUCUACGCUGCUCACCACAGAAUUUUUCCAGCUUUGCGUGUCGAUAUAUCCACUACGAUGGCAGGAACAGACUCAGCAACUUCUGGACGCCUGCACAAUCGAAGAAGGAUGCCAGCCUUCUAAAAGAAGAUGGCCAUGAUCUGCUCAUCCGAGCGGGCUAUAUGCGUCAAGCUCACGCAGGCGUCUUCCACCUCUUACCCCUAGGUCUACGAGUGCAGGAUAAGAUUGAACGCUUGAUCGAUAAGCAUAUGCUCAGUCUGGGUGCUUCGAAAGUAGCGCUAUCUUCAAUGACAUCCGAGGAGUUAUGGCAACGUUCCGGCCGUCUUGACAAGGGACGAGGAAACGAGUUCUUCAAACUUGAGGACAGGAAAGGAGGCAAAUUACUCCUCUCACCAACUCACGAAGAGGAGAUCACGACGAUCGUAGCGAAUGCUGUACAUUCACAUAAGCAGCUUCCUUUGAGGCUCUACCAGGUAUCUCGAAAGUACCGGGAUGAAGCGAGGCCACGCCAAGGUCUUCUCAGAGGCCGAGAGUUCGUGAUGAAGGACUUGUAUACAUUCGAUGCCACUCACGAAGCAGCUCUCAAGACAUACGAAAUCGUACGGUCUGCAUACCGUGCUUUCUUGGACGAGUUGCAUUUGCCAUAUCUGGUCGCCGAUGCGGAUCCUGGGAAUAUGGGUGGCAACCUGAGCCACGAAUACCACUUCGCUUCUGCAUCUGGCGAAGAUACCAUCAUACAAUGUGACAGCUGUGGGUAUUCAAUCAAUGAGGAGCUGUUCAUCGGAAGACCUGAUGCUUCUGGUGUAGAGCUUCAUGGAGCUGAGCAGAUGACACAGUCUUAUAUGAUCAGUAAGGAUCGCAAGACUCUGCUAUGUGUACUCUAUCCGGCAGGAUCGGAGCUGAACAGCCAGGCGAUCAAAGCGGUUGCGCCUAACACGGACUUCAGCGUCGAGAAUUCAAGGCAAGUAUUCGCCGAUGGAAUCAAAGGCGUGACCACAGAACGUAUAUUCUCCGUCCUCUGCGAUCCACGAACCGAGCAUGCUGCCGAAAGGGUCCUAGCAACAGGCGACCUUCAACGUCAAGCUAGCUCCCUCGGCGCCACAUUCGCACUCAAUCUCCUAGAAGCAAAAAUACAUCGGCAGAAAAUCCUCCUCACCAAAGCUCGCACAGGCGAUCGCUGCCAUCACUGCAGUGAAGGCAAACUACAUCUCCACAAAGCCGUGGAGAUAGGCCAUACCUUCCAUCUCGGAACACGCUAUAGCGAACCUCUCGAUCUGCGGAUUACAGAUGCUACUAAUAAGCAAGCGCUAGUUCAUAUGGGCUGUCACGGAAUUGGGGUCUCUCGUCUCAUUGGUGCCGCUGCGGCGCUGUUGUCCGAUGAGAAAGGUCUGAACUGGCCUUUUGCUAUUGCGCCUUUCGGGACACUGCUGGUAAGGGCGGGGAAAACUAGUGCGGAAGAUGUGGAUGCGUUGUAUGACAUGCUGUGUAGUGAAGGCAUGGACGCUGUGAUCGAUGAUCGAGCGGAUCUUCCCUUGGGUUGGAAAUUGAAUGACGCGGAUUUGAUCGGGUAUCCUUUUAUCGUUGUGGUGGGCAAGGCGUGGAGUGAGCGAAAAGCGGCGGAGCUGCAGUGUCGACGGCAUGGUGUUAAGGAACAGGUGGUGGCAUCGGAGCUCCUGGCAAGGCUGGCAACGUUGAGCAGGCAGUUGUGA